ACCACUUAACACUGACUGACAUCACCUCACAGAGUACGGAAGUCAGAGCUCCUUCAGCUUCUGGCAGAUCUUUAACAGAUCUUGGAGGAUUUCGUGUAGGAAGUCGGCGGGGCAGAAUCAGAGCCCCGGUUCUUGAUCGAGGGUACGAGCGUGUUCCUGCCAGAGAGGGAUGAGCAAAGGAAAGGUCAAGGUGCAGGAGAACAUGACCAGCUCUCUCCUCAACAUCCAGGAGAACGAGCGGCUGGUGGACCUGCUGGGCCGGAGAUGUGUGUCCCUGGCCACUGCAGUUGUGCAGCUGUAUAUGGCGCUCCCCCACAGCCCGGCCCACUGGAGCCUGCAGCACACCGGAGUCGUGUGCUUCGUCAAGGACAACCCGCGCCGCUCCUACUUCAUCCGCCUUUAUGAUCUCAAGGAUGAAAAAAUGAUCUGGGAACAAGAGCUGUACAAUCAGAUGACUUAUUCCAGCCCCAAGCAGUAUUUUCACACUUUCUGUGCAGAUGAUUGCCAAGUGGGUCUGAACUUUGCGAGCGAACAGGAAUCAGAUGCGUUCAGAAACACAGUAGAGGACAAGAUUAGCCAGCGUUCCAAUCGGCAAGAUAAAAGACCAGCUUCAAAUGAAGAGAAAAGAGCCCCGCCUCCAUUACCACCAUCCAACGGGCCGGGACCAGGACCAGGACCAGGCCAAGCGAUGCAGCCAGGCGGCAUGUCCACAGUGGAUAUCGCAAACCCAGACAUCCUGCCCUCACGCUACCGAUCUCCUACUGUCCCCGUGCCUGCACCCGCUUCCCUCGGCAAGGGUAAAAAAGACAAGAAGGGCAAGAAGAAGGGACCUCGGCUCACCAAAGCAGAUAUCGGAGCUCCCAGUGGGUUUAAACACAUCAGCCAUGUUGGAUGGGAUCCAAAUGCUGGCUUUGAUACCAACAAUCUGGACCCGGAUCUGAAGAAGUUUUUCUCUUAUGCUGGUAUCAGUGAAGAUCAGCUCACAGACAAAGAGACUUCCAAAGUCAUCUAUGACUUCAUUGAACAGUCUGGUGGUCUGGAUGCAGUUAAAGAAGAAAUGAGAAAACAGGAUGCCCUUGGCCCUCCGUGUCGAGGCCUCCCCCCGGUUCCAGGGGCCCCUGUUCCCCCACCACCUCGAGGGAGCCUCCCAUCAAUCCCAGGCCAGCCGCCUCCAGCUCCACCUUCACGCAACCAGCGAACACCACAACGUCCACCUCCCCCUGGUGGAAGAGUAGUUCCUCCGCCUCCUCCACCUCCCUCUGGUGGUUAUGGAUCUCCACCACCACCACCACCCAGUGGCGGAGCUCCUCCGCCACCUCCUCCACCACCUCCUCCACCUCCUUCUUCUGCCUCUAGCUACAGCAGCGGCAGCCCCGUCAGCCCUUCAGCACCUUCACCUUCAGGAGGCAGAGGAGCGCUACUGGACCAGAUCCGACUAGGAACCAAACUAAAGACUGUUACUGAGAGUUCAGACCUGCCGCCUCCACCGCAGGACGAGGGCGGUGAGGGUCUCGUUGGAGCUUUGAUGAUGGUGAUGCAGAAAAGAAGCAAAGUCAUUCACUCCUCAGACGAUGAAGAAGAGGAUGGAGGUGAUGAUGAAGAUGAUGAUGAAUGGGACGAUUAAUGUUGAUAUCCAGUUUUGGUACACACACGCAUGCAUACACACAUACACACACUCACAUUCUUUAUUUUAGGUACUGCAUACAGUGUGCAUAUUAAAAAUAGGAUUAUCAUAUGGGAUUAUGACAAGUUAGCUGAUAGAGUCUCAACUAUUGGUGUAUAUUUUGUCAACGGUAGAAUGAAAGUAGGUUAUUUUCACGUAGAAAUUAUUUUAAUAUAAUAGCAACUGUAUUUUUUUCAGCAGAAUAAAUUAAACUGUGCAAUCUGUGCAAACGG